GAAAGGGGAGAGGUGCUUUUGUAAACGGUUGUGUUAUGGUUUCGGUUUCGCGUAGAGACGGGGAAGGUUCGAUGAGUCGGUCUCGAAGUGUGAUAAAUUGGUACCUUAGUAGUCGUCUUUUAACCUAUAUCUUUUACUUACCGGAUUUACAUGGCUGAACUCCAGUAUUGAUUUAUUGAAGAAUCACCAUGGAUACUUCAAAUUGGAUGGACACAUUAUACGGAUGGGCACCAUCCACGAUGAAACCAAAACUAGAACAGCGAUCGUACGUCCACCACAGCGGUUCUCAUGGUUUUAGUGCGCUAGAUAGAGUCGGAGUAGUGGCGCAUGAGCUUCAUACUGGUGAUAUAGUCCAGCUAGAAUCGAGGGCUACGGGAGGGCUUCUUCGAGUUAACUCUAUCUCAGGAAAAGUAGAUUUUAACGGCAUAUAUGGAAAACAAUCCCAAUUUAUUAUAAGGAGUGAAGUUGAUGGUAGCAUUACAUUACGAUGCGUUUUGAACACAUCCAACUUCCUCAUCCUAAGAAAUGGCAUCCUUUACGCAAAUGGGAAAGGUGAUCCCCAGUGCCGAUUCAAAUACCGACUCGCUGAGGGAGGAAGUAGCUAUAUGAAGUUUGAAUGUCUUCACAAUCCAAACCGCUUCAUCUCCGUGCAUAAGAAAUCGAACGGCAACGACGAUACCCGAUCGGUAUACAGCAUGCGAUCGUUAAGAUCGUCCGGAAGCGGGAUCGAAGGGCAAUUUCGGGUCGUCAUGGUGGGUCGCACCCCUCAGUGCUAUGCGUCGUGAUGUCAUUUCCAAACCGUUACGAACGUGACAAAAGGACGUUAUAAAUUAUGACUUUGUAAAUGCCCUUUACAUGGAACUACGGAAAAGACGGUUAGCGGUCACUUUAAGUUUUACGCUGACACAAAUCUGCGUGCUUCGUUAUUGUGAAAAUGGGAAACAAUUCUAGAGUCUUUAUCGAGAAGAUUAACAAGGAUGGAGCCCUAAAGUUUGGAGACUCGCAUCUCAUCAUCAUUGUGUGCCGUUCUGGAAAAUUCUCAAUUCUGACAGCUCCUGGGAGUCAACUCAACUAGUCAAUUGACUAGGAAUUAUUUCGAGUCAAUG